CCACCUCCCUCGCCUUUCCCUCCACCCCAACACCCCUUCUCUUCUUCUCCUCCUCGUCCGCCGUUGGUUGCAGUCUCCUCCCUCCCCUAGCUCCAGCUGCUUACGUCCUUUCACCGCAACAAACAAGCAGAGAGAGAGAGAGAGAGAGAGAGAGAGCGGCGAGCAAGUCAAAAAGCCAUCCAUCAUGGGCGCCUUGUUGCUCUUCGUCUGCCUCCUGGCGCCGAUCGUGCUCUUGUGCGCCGCCGUCCGCGGCAGCCGGAAGCGGCGGUCCGCCUCGCCGGCGUCGUCGUGCGGCAAGGCGCUGCCUCUGCCGCCGGGGUCGAUGGGUUGGCCGUACGUGGGCGAGACGUUCCAGCUCUACUCGUCCAAGAACCCCAACGUGUUCUUCGCCCGGAAGCAGAACCGGUACGGGCCCAUCUUCAAGACCCACAUCCUGGGUUGCCCCUGCGUGAUGGUGUCCAGCCCUGAGGCGGCGCGCUUCGUGCUCGUCACGCAGGCGCACCUCUUCAAGCCCACGUUCCCGGCGAGCAAGGAGCGCAUGCUGGGGCCACAGGCCAUCUUCUUCCAGCAGGGCGACUACCACACCCACCUCCGCCGCCUCGUCUCCCGGGCUUUCUCCCCCGAGGCCAUCCGCGGCUCCGUGCCGGCCAUCGAGGCCGUCGCGCUGCGCUCGCUCGACUCCUGGGACGGACAACUCGUCAACACCUUCCAAGAGAUGAAGCUGUACGCGCUGAAUGUGGCAUUGCUGUCCAUCUUCGGCGAGGAGGAGAUGCGGUACAUCGAGGAGCUGAAGCAGUGCUACCUGACGCUGGAGAAAGGGUACAACUCGAUGCCGGUGAACCUGCCGGGCACCCUGUUCCACAAGGCCAUGAAGGCCCGGAAGCGGCUGGGCGCCAUCGUGGCCCACAUCAUCGAGGCCCGGCGCGGGCGGCAGCAGCAGCAGCAGCAGCAGCAGCGCGGGAGGGACCUCCUGGCGUCGUUCCUGGACGACCGCGAGGCGCUGACGGACGCCCAGAUCGCGGACAACGUGAUCGGGGUCAUCUUCGCGGCCCGCGACACCACCGCCAGCGUGCUCACCUGGAUGGUCAAGUUCCUCGGCGACAACCCCGCGGUGCUCAAGGCGGUCAUCGAGGAGCAGCAGGAGAUCGCGCGGUCCAAGGGGUCCUCCUCCGACGAGCCCCUGACGUGGGCGGACACGAGGCGGAUGCGCAUGACGAGCCGUGUGAUCCAGGAGACCAUGCGGGUGGCGUCCAUCCUGUCCUUCACCUUCCGGGAGGCCGUGGAGGACGUGGAGUACCAAGGGUACCUGAUCCCCAAGGGCUGGAAGGUGAUGCCCCUGUUCCGGAACAUCCACCACAGCCCCGACCACUUCCCAUGCCCGGAGAAGUUCGACCCCUCCCGAUUCGAGGUUGCUCCCAAGCCCAACACGUUCAUGCCGUUCGGCAACGGGACCCACUCGUGCCCGGGCAACGAGCUCGCCAAGCUGGAGAUGCUGGUGCUCUUCCACCACCUCGCCACCAAGUACAGGUGGUCCACCUCCAAGUCCGAGAGCGGCGUGCAGUUCGGCCCCUUCGCGCUGCCGCUCAACGGCCUGCCCAUGACCUUCCUUCGCAAGGACUGAUUUCAUUUGAUGACCCGAGCUGCCGAGAUGUGGAUCGGAUCGGAGCCACACCAAACCCACGGCUUUAACGGAACCAAACCAAAACCAACAACGAACAAGCUGAUGGAUGGAUGGAUCGGUGGUAUAUGCUAGUACUACCUAGGAACGCUGAAAACCGCUUCCGGGAUUGGGCGUCGGCCGCGUGCGGCGGUCGCCAUCGGACACGAUGGGGACGGUGACGGCCAUCAGGCACAGGCAGGCAUGGGAUCAUCAGAUAACGCAAGUGAAGUCCGUGUACAGAUUCUUCUUCAGCUAGUAGGGCCAGAUCCCAAGAAGCCGGAAGACAAGACCAAAAACACAAAAUUAGGCAUAGCCGCGUAGGUGUCAGUCAGUCUAAGCUACGUACUCCAGUAGGCAUCAGAUGACCCACUCAGCGCAGCGCCACAAAGAAGUAGCGCUGCUUAAUUGUAAAACAAAACCAUUUUUUUUCUUCUCCUUCUUCUUUUUUAGUAGAUUUUUUUAUGAGCCACUAAGCCAGCCAGACAACACCUAUAGGAUGGAGAGAAGAACCAUGAUUGGGAUUGUAAGAUUGCUAGCUAGGUUGUCCGCCUGAAAGCAGGCUGGCAGCUAGGCCGAAUAAUCCUUGGACGGAUGGAUGGAUUGGAUGCAUCGCCGGAGUCAAAAGGAAACCACGUCGGCUUCCCGCCCGCAGCCAAGGCCCGGGACGGCGACCCCUCUCGCCUUGUAUUUGUUUCGUCCAACGCAAAAGACAGCGACUGCUUUCAUUCA